ACCUCGCUGGCGCUAGCAUCUUUGCACCAAAUCCCAGUUCCAAGGGUUUGAACCGAACGACUUCUCUCUUCCGCUAAGACGAAGAAAUCAUCAGACUUGUGCUGAGCACGGCAGCUGUUUCUUCUUCCCCAGUCGUUGCUCUCUCUGUUCCCUUCCUCCUAACUCCGACCUAUCUUCUCUGACGAGACGGAGAGAAGAGGAACUACCCUUCCUUCGUUUUCGCAUCUCUUCAAAGUUCAACCUAACCCCUCUUCUCAUAUUCCUUGCUUCUUCCAAAUCACCCGAGACUCCAUGUGCAUUCUUGAUUCAGAUUCUAAAAAUACGGAAAAAGGGCAUUCACCUUUUUCCCGCUAUCUGUUUCAACAGAUUCAUGUUGUCAGCUGUCUUUUGAACACAGUUUCUACACUCGUAUCGCAUGAAGUACAAUUAUAAAGAAUAAAAUAUCUAACGUGCUGGCUGGCCGGCUGUGUGGAAGGCCCAUGUGCGCCUAUCAGUUGUUCGGUCAAUUGCCUCACUGAACUACUGAAGCCAACUCAACCAAGAGACUUCAGUUCUGGGGAUCUGGGUUCAGCUGCUGAUGCAUUGGUCAGGCUACUUGAAACCCAACUCGUAUUCUUUGAUUUGUGUGAGCAGUUAAUUAUCUUUUGCUGCUCUCGUCUUUGUUUGCUUGUGGGAAGUGAGGGGUGUGCUGCCUUUUGUUCUUAUUAGCCUUAUUUAACGUGAUUUUGUACAUAGAGGGUAGAGAACUUCAUUUUAUUCACCACCAAGAACCAAAGGUAUUUCUUUUGUUAGUUCUCCACCAUCUGUGGAUUUGAUCGAUUGAUGGGUCAUUCCAUACUCUUUGUUCUGUGUCUCUCUUUCUUUUCUCUCUUCUGUAUCUGCACAUCUUCCCCACUUCAAGAUCAGAAGAGAGACAAGAUUACUUCUUUGCCUGGGCAGCCUGAAAAUGUGGAUUUCAAUCAGUACUCAGGUUACGUUACUGUGAACCAGAAAGCUGGGAGGGCUUUGUUCUAUUGGUUUACAGAGUCUCCGGCCAGUAGGCAGCCCGAAUCAAGGCCACUUGUCCUAUGGCUCAAUGGUGGUCCUGGUUGCUCUUCUGUUGCUUAUGGAGCAGCUGAGGAAAUCGGACCCUUCCACAUCAGGCCAGACGGCAAAACUCUUUACUUGAACCCUUAUUCUUGGAACAAUUUGGCCAAUUUGUUGUUCCUUGAAUCCCCCGCUGGUGUUGGGUUUUCCUAUUCUAAUACGACAGCAGAUUAUUACACCGCUGGUGACAAUAGCACUGCGGAAGAUUCUUAUACAUUUCUUAUCAAUUGGUUUGAGAGGUUUCCUCAGUACAAACACAGAGAUUUCUACAUUGCUGGAGAAAGCUAUGCAGGACACUACGUUCCUCAAUUGUCUCAGAUUAUUUAUGAAAGGAACAUUGGUGUUAAGAAUCCUGUGAUUAACUUUAAGGGUUUCUUGGUGGGGAAUGCAGUUACAGAUGAUUACCAUGAUUAUGUUGGCACAUUUGAGUAUUGGUGGACUCAUGGUCUAAUUUCAGAUUCUACCUACAAAUUGCUACGUGAUCGUUGUGAUACAGGGUCAUCUGAACACCCAUCUGCAGAUUGCAUAAAGGCCCUCAAAACUGCAGAGAUCGAGCAGGGAAACAUUGAUCCAUAUAGCAUUUUCACUAAACCUUGUUCUACCACUGAAUCACUGAAGCGCAACUUAAGGGGUCAUUAUGUAAGCACUCUCUCAUCCCUUAAAUCUUGGAUGUCAAGAGCAUAUGAUCCAUGUACCGAGAGGCAUUCUACAGUGUACUUCAAUCUCCCUGAAGUUCAGAAAGCACUCCAUGCGAAUGUUACUAGGCUUCCACACGCAUGGGAAACAUGCAGCGACAUUGUGGGCAUCUACUGGGGAGAUUCCCCUCUAUCCAUGCUUCCUAUAUAUAAGGAACUCAUUGCUGCUGGUGUGAAGAUUUGGGUUUACAGCGGAGACACAGAUUCAGUGGUACCCGUGACUGCAACGAGAUACUCCAUUGAUGCACUGAAGCUUCCCACCAUCACCAACUGGUAUCCUUGGUACGACAAUGGGAGGGUUGGCGGAUGGAGCCAAGUUUACAAAGGGCUCACGUUCGUGACAGUGACGGGAGCAGGACAUGAAGUGCCUCUCCAUCGCCCUCGACAAGCCUUCAUUCUUUUCAGAUCAUUUCUUGAGGACAAGCCAUUGGCCAUUGCCUAGCUAGCUAUCUAGCCACAUCAUGUGUGUGUGGGAUAGCAAAGCAAAUAGCAUAUGAGUGCAGGAUUUGGCAGGUUUGCUUUCCACCAAUGAAGCUGCAUUGCUAAUGCUAUUGCCUCGUGUUUUUAUUUUCAAUUUCAACAAUGGCAGGUAAGGUUUCGGCAUCUUCGAUGCUUCCAGAAGCGGAACUAUUUAAUGAUGCUUACUGGUGCAGCAACUGCCCACUACUCCACUAGUCUAUGGAGCAGAAAAACCACUUACUAAAGUGAGAAAUUAGAUUGGUCCCAUUUUUCUUUAAACAAUUUUUAGGUUAGGGUAAUGUUUAUUGUAACUUGUAAGUUAGAAAACAAGGAGUUUGUCAACCAUCCCGGUUCAUCAAUAAACUACCAUUGGUUC